CAUAUAUGGGCAUGCCCACCAGCAUUAAACACGCGAUAAUACAGCCUCAGGUUUUGCAUUCUGACACCCAAAGUUUUUAUGAAUCGACAUUGUGGAAAAGAGAAAAAGAAAUUUGCUUAUCACGAAUGGCACGCAAUACCAAAGAAUACACUGGGGAUUUCUUACUACCGAAACGAACAAUUUUUAAUACCACUGAUGACGAUAAGGUACAGUACACCGUACCACAUGUAAAAAACGCAGACGUCACGUAUACAAUUAAUGUUACGAAGGAAGGUAAUUGCACCGAGGAUAAAGAGUCGCCAAAAGACAAAAUAAAUAGUGCGUCCACGAAAGUUUCCACUUCAAACGAAUCCAUACAAAACCUGAGGAAUGCCCUCGAUCGUGCCACGGAAAUAAUAUGCUCGACAACACCCAAAGUGCAUAAUUCUAAGUUCAAUCUGGGUACUAUACAAAAAUGCGAAGCCGUUUUCGAAGACUUGUUCGGGACGAAAUAUAAUGACGAUCGAGAGAUCGGAGUUAUCGAAAAAGCGACAACUGGCAACGAGAGUUUCUUGGCGAUGGAUGAUGUUAAAAGUACAGGAGCCGAAACUGCCGCAAGACACGAACAGAGCUUUAAUCAAGCUUUCAUAAUGGAAUCUGAAACAUCGGCGCGGAAUCAACUGACAAUUCAAUCGAACUCGCACGAAACUAAUCGCGAUAAGAUACCCUUAACAAACGGGAUUGUAUCAACCCCACAGAAAAUCAAAGCAGUUGAAAGAGAGUACGUCAACGUGCGUACCACUUUGAACGGUACUAUAAUAAAAGACUCGCCAAGAAGACGUUCUCUACCCGCAAGACUGAAUAAUUUGACAGUGGCACAUGCUCCAAGGACUGUGUAUAAAAAGAACACGCAAGGCAGCCAAUGUACGAUUGAGGACUUUUAUAUCGACGAUGAUUUUGAAAGUAACUUGAAUUAUAAUUUAAUUCUCUUAAAUGAUAAUAUUACAUUAAGCGACGAUGACGGUCUACUUCAGACCACAGAACUGUAAAUUGUAUCGAACUCAAUGUUCAGUCGUUCAGUCAAAGGGGAAUAGGGAAUUGAAAUGUGUCCGGAGGAAGCGAGAAAGGAAAUCGUAGUGCCUCUCUCUUGUGAGUAACUACUCGAAAGUACGCAUGCGCGCAAUUACGUUUGUUUGGCCGAUUUGAAGUUCCGCUUGGGACAUUGAGUGAAUAUUCUAAGUUAGAAGACUAUUUUUAUCGCUGAGAUUACUUACAUUACGCAAACUGACAAUAAAUUAAAUACAUUUUUAUUCACCGCAAAUAGGAAACUGAUUUAUCCUUUUUAACACAUAAAAUACAAUAUAAACCCAUUUUGCUUUAAUUUUAGACAAUUUUUUAUGCAACCCCGAGGAUCAAAAAAAUUCAUUUUCUAAGACAUCUUAUUGCUCAUGUUUUACCAGCAGCCUAUGAAAUUUCCUUUCUAUUUUGUCCAUGUCCAACGUUAUUUUCGUCUCGUCAGGAUGCAAUCCAGCUUCCAAUAAGCCAUGGAGAAUCGAUGGGACAUUCUGUAAGUUUAUAGGUAAUUAAAAAUUCAUUUUUUUGAUCCUCGGGGUUGCAUAAAAAAUUGUCUAAAAUUAAAGGGUUUAUAUUGUAUUUUAUGUGUUAAAAGGAUAAAUCAGUUUCCUAUUUACGGUGAAUAAAAAUGUAUUUAAUUUAUUGUCAGUUUGCGUGAUGUGAGUAAUCUCAGCAAUAAAUUUAAUUAUUAAACUAUUUAAAAGGAGAGAGUG